CUCUGAGUCGGAUCCAGAACAGAACCAAGAGGUCCAGACUUCUUCUAGCUAGCGGUAUGUUUUCAAGUCUGAAGGAGAAAAUCGGUGAAGUUCUUUUACCUGGAGAUGAAUUUGUCUUCGAGUCUGAGGAGACAAUUUUUCUAACAGACAAUGUGAAGCCAGAGCGGCCGGUGUGUGGACCGGGGCUGCGGCAGAGCGGAAACCGGCUGGUGGUGAGCAAGAGCGGCGUGUUGAGGCACAAACCACCGCACACGUUUUGGAUGGACUCACAGCAGUGGAGGUAUGUCCCAGCCAAAGCAGAGACGGUCAUUGGUAUUGUGACAUCCAAGUCUGGGGACAUCUUUAAGGUGGACGUUGGAGGCAGUGAGCAGGCAUCUUUGUCCUAUCUGGCCUUUGAAGGAGCUACAAAGAGGAACAGACCCAAUGUCCAGGUUGGAGACCUGGUGUUCGCUCAGUUCACUGUAGCCAAUAAAGACAUGGAACCAGAGCUGGUGUGUAUCGACGGAUCGGGCCGGGCCAACGGGAUGGGUGUUUUCGGAGGAGGUGGUCUGCUCCUCAAAGUCUCUCUGGGCCUCGUUAGAAGGCUGCUGGCCCCCCAAAGUGACAUCCGGUCUGACCUGGAACAGCUGUUCCCCUGUGAGCUGGUGGUGGGAAUGAACGGUCGGAUUUGGGUCCGAGCAUCCACCAUCCAGCAGACUCUGAUCAUCUCCAAUCUCCUGCAGAGCUGUGACACCCUGACAGCACCGCAGAGACGGGAACAGUUCAGGAAGCUCCAGAAGGGGGGGCUGUAGGCUUCCCCCUCAUAAUAUUUUACUCAUUUUAUUCAUUAACUUGUUUAUAACUUUGGUGGAAAUAAGCUUUAUUUCUGUUUGGAACAGGGUGACUUAUUGGUUAAAAGUUUCAUGACAGGUAGGAGCCAUCACUGUGGAGACAUGUGUUUGAUCUUUAGAACUUGUGUUUAAACAUCCAACAGUGGAUUUUAGUUCUAAGGAUCAUUCCAGUGGAAUUCAAAGCUGAGAUGAUGGAAUGAUGUAGCUGCAGUCUCAGGCAGGUGAAUUUGGUGCCUGGAGGGAACCUGACAGAUCAAAUCCAACAAGUCUUAAAACUGCUGGAUCCAGCCCAAACAGGUUUGACAUGUUCAGUGUGAAAUUAGAAAAUAUUUUUGUUUCAAACAAUCCAUUUUCAACUUCAGAAACUAAUUUCUAAUUUAAGUGCAUCACCAUCUGGGACAUAAAAGGGUUUUCUUCUUAACUAGACCCGCGUUUUAUUCUGAUUGCUGACUGAAUGCGGGACUACUUUCUUUUGAAGUAGUAAAGCGGCACUCGUGAUCGUUUUAGACCAAAGCUGUGCUCACAUUUAGUAAGUAGGCACCUAAUUUAGCGAUGCACUCAGAUUAUUUUUAUGGCAACGUGUUAAUUGUAAUAUGCCAGGGGACAAGUUUCUGUUGAAAUAUUUCACCACCAGGUGUAUUUGAUGUGAUGGUGUCUCAGGGCCCUUGAGAUUAAAGUGGAUUAUCUUCAGAGGA